AUGUACAACGGUGUACCACGAGCAGUAGCUGAUCUUUGUGAAAAUGAUGAUCUUGCUACAAUGAUCAUUGUUGAUAGUAUAUUUGGAUUUACAACACAUAAGAUGAAUGUUCGUUUUCGACCAAAUCGUCGUUUAUUACCACAAUGGAAAUCAACGGUUGAACAAUUUCAAGAACAUCUUGAUUAUCAACGAUGUUUUGAUGAAGUAACAUCAAUAGGUACAUGGUAUGAUCAUUUACUUGCACGAAAAAGUCCAAUACAAUUAACAGCAUUUAGAGAACAUUUGUAUCGUUUUCUUCAUUUAUUUAAUAAAAAUUCAGGUGUUACACUUCAACCAUGUUAUCGUUAUUCAACAGAAAAAUGUGGAGGAAAAGUAGUAGCUACUAAAGCAUGGGCAGUAAAUGAUAAGAUUGAAAUGUUAAUUGGUUGUAUAGCUGAAUUAAGUCCUGAAGAAGAACAUGCUUUUCUUAAACCUGGCGUAAAUGAUUUUUCUGUUAUGUAUUCUUGCCGUAAAAAAUGUUCACAAUUAUGGCUUGGACCCGCAGCUUAUAUCAAUCAUGAUUGUCGAGCUAAUUGUAAAUUUGUCGCUACAGGUUUAAGUUCAGCUUAUAUUCAUGUACUUCGCCCGAUUGAAAUCGGCGAUGAAAUAACUUGCUGUUAUGGAUCGGAUUUUUUCGGUGAUAAUAAUUCACUUUGUGAAUGUCAUAGCUGUGAAAUGCUUGGUCACGGUGCAUUUGCUCGAAUGCAUUCAUCAAUAUCAAGACCAUUACCACAUAAUGAUGUUACUUCUACUGAAAUAAUUGCAUCAUCUAUUACUAAUGAACAAUCAAUAAAUAAACGUAUGAUUGUUUCAACACGUUUACGUCAAACUGAUAAACGUCUACGUAAAAUUCAGUCAGUUAAUAGCAUUAAUACAAUAGACGAGAAAAAAAAAACAACAGAAGUAGAAAAAGUUACAGUAGUUGUAAAACAACCAACGGCAGUUUAUCGAAAUAGAAAUGGUCAAUUUAUUGCUCCGCCUAGUGAAGUAGACUUAACGAAUACUUCAAGUCGAAAGAAGAGAAUAAAUAAUAUUAUAACUACAUUUUCAUCUCAAUCAUCUUGUUUUCCUUUACUAACACCAAAUAGAAGAAUACCACGUCGACGACGAAGUAGUUCACAUUCAUCUUCAUCAAAAUCAUCUGUUAUUAUGGCACGAAAUCAACCAACAAUAACAAUUACUUCAUCCGAUUCAGCAUUUUUUUCCGAUGGUACAAAUUCAAACUCACAAUCAUCAAUAAUCCCAAUCAAACAAACUACAGAAACAACUUCACAAAUGUCUCAUUUACAGACAACAAUAGUUCAUUCUCGUUCAUCUCGUCUUUUAUCACCUGCAUUAUCUACUUCUUCAUCGUCUUCUAUAUCAUCUUCUUCGCUAACAUAUCCUGUUGGUCGUCAACGAACCUCAUCUCAAUAUUCAUCAUCAUCAACUUCAUUAACAACAACGGUACAUUCAACUAAUCCAAACUUCCUUAGUUGGCGUCCAACAGUUCGUUCCAGUCGUCAUUCAAGUACAUCUUCUAUUAGUUCAUCAUCAUCAACAAAUGAUAGCGAAAAUAAUGACGCUAAUACAAACAAUAACAAUAAUAAUAAUAAUAAUAAUAAUGAAAGUGCAAAUCAAAUAUCUCAACGGCCAGCUUUACCUAAACUAACAAUUCGCAUGAGACCAGAUCCGAUUUUAUUAGAUGAAUUAGGAAAAAUGAAAUCAUCGAAAUCAUCUCUUGUUACUAUUAAAAUUGACAAUGGAAAACGAUCAUUAAAAGAAACAUCAAUUCAUGAAACAACAUCAUUACGUUCAAGUAAACGCCGAAAAACAUAA